AUGGCUAGUUCGACGCUGACCGGACUGUUAAACGAGGUCGCCGGAAAAUUCCCUUCCCGGCGAGCGAUCUCUGUCUCCGGCAAGUUCAAUAUCUCUCAUGCACGUCUCCAUGAACUCAUCAAACGUGCCGCUUCUUGCCUCCUCGACGCCGGCGUGAAGCCAGGUGACGUUGUAGCCCUCACCUUCCCCAACACCGUCGAGUUUGUAAUUAUGUUUUUGGCUGUAAUUCGUGUCCGAGCCACAGCGGCCCCACUCAACGCGGCCUACACUUUUGACGAGUUUGAGUUCUACUUAUCAGACUCGGAAUCAAAAAUUCUGUUGACUUCGAAAGAAGGCAACAAGCCGGCUGAAGCUGCGGCUUCGAAGCUGAACAUCCCUCACGUGACUGCCACACUGUCCGAUGCCAACUCGGAACUCACCCUCUCCUCAACUUUGCCUCAGUCAAACCCAGAUUCAGUCUCUAAAAUCGUCAAUGACCCAUCUGACGUGGCACUCUUCCUGCAUACUUCCGGAACCACAAGCCGACCCAAAGGCGUCCCGUUAACUCAGCACAAUUUGUACUCUUCUGUUCAAAAUAUUAAAUCAGUGUAUAAACUCACUGAGUCAGACUCGACAGUGAUCGUGUUACCGUUAUUUCACGUGCAUGGGUUGUUAGCAGGGUUAUUGAGCUCGCUAGGAGCUGGAGGUUCGGUGGCUCUCCCAGCCGCCGGCCGAUUCUCAGCUUCAACAUUUUGGUCAGACAUGAAAAAGUACAAUGCCACGUGGUACACUGCCGUGCCUACCAUUCAUCAAAUCAUACUAGACCGCCACCUCAGCAGCGGUGAAACCGACUACCCAAAGCUGCGGUUCAUUCGGAGCUGCAGCGCAUCAUUGGCACCUGCCAUAUUAGCUCGGCUUGAGGCGGCAUUCGGCGCACCUGUUUUGGAGGCUUAUGCAAUGACAGAGGCAAGCCACCUGAUGGCUUCGAAUCCAUUGCCGGAGGAUAACCCACAUAAGCCCGGGUCAGUCGGGAAACCUGUGGGUCAAGAGAUGGCGAUAUUGGAUGAGAGUGGGGUGCAACAAGAGGCUAAUGUCAAUGGGGAGGUUUGCAUUAGAGGUCCAAACGUGACUAAGGGGUACAAGAACAACCCGGAGGCUAAUAAAUCCGCAUUCCAAUUCGGGUGGUUCCACACAGGAGAUAUUGGGUUCUUUGAUUCCGAUGGGUAUUUGCAUCUCGUUGGUCGAAUCAAGGAGUUGAUCAACCGUGGAGGGGAAAAGAUUUCACCAAUUGAAGUGGAUACCAUCCUUUUAUCUCAUCCCGACAUUGCUCAAGCUGUUGUGUUUGGAGUCCCUGAUGAAAAAUACGGUGAAGAGAUAAACUGUGCUGUUAUCCCUCGAGAAGGAUCGAACAUCAACGAGGCUGAGGUAUCGAUAUUUUGCAAGAAAAAUCUUGCAGCAUUCAAGGUUCCAAAGAGGACUUUUAUCACCAACUCGCUUCCAAAAACUGCCACAGGGAAAAUCCAGCGACGUAUUGUAGCUGAGCACUUCCUUGCACAAAUUUCUACUGCCAAAGUCCCAAAAUUUGGAGCUUAA